AUGGUCAGGCUGCUCUUCUGGAUGUCCUUGAACCAGGAGUACAACGAACUCAUCGAACCGGAACUGGAAUCUCUAGCCGAACUGCACGGAAUAACACCAGAGCAGCUCCAGCUCAGUCACUACAGGGAUGUAGACGGGGAUUCUAGACAAAAUGUUGAAGAUAAUGAAUUCAACCUGAAGUUCAACGACUACUAUACUGCUCUCGUACGGGGAGAAGAUAUCGAUGACAAAAGGAUCAGGAAAAGCCAGCAGAAUGUUUUCUACUACGCAACUGUUCCAUCAGAGGAACACGCUAUCGCAAUGUUUGAUCGCUCCAUACAACUGAAGGCUAUCAUUGACGUCUGGACAGAAGGUCAAAGCUACUCAAACAUAUUGCAGAAUAUAAGAAGGGAACACCAACACAAUGUCGAACAGACGCUGGUUGGCAAAAGCUGGUGCGUCAAAUAUAACUGCUUCAAUUCGAAGAAUGACACGGACAAGCUGGUGGCAAUACUGGAGGAAAUGACAGAAGUAUUCGAACGCGCCGGGAAAGUCGACAUCAAAAAUCCAGAAACAAAAAUCGCCAUAGUAGAGAAUUAUUUUGAUGACAAAUCGAGAAACCUGAGAACCAUAUAUUUCGGGCGCUAUCUGCGUGACCGCAGCGACAUCGGGUACUGGUGGGACCAUUAUGCGCUAUCAAAGCGACCGAUACUCGCGCCGACAACUCUAGAAAACAUGCUUGCGUUCAUUAUGGCCAAUUUGGCUCUAGUGAAGAAAGGAUCCGUUGUGCUAGAUCCAUUCGCAGGGUCUGCGGGUGCGUUAAUAACGGCGUCGCACUUCGGAGCUGUAUGUUUCGGGAGCGAUAUUGAUAUGCGAAUACUCAAGGGAUGGGGAGUAAUGCACCAUAAUCGCAAUCUGCCCCAAUCAGACCUGCCGAAACACAUAUACACAAAUUUCAAGUUCUACGGUCUUACUACCGCUGAAAUGCUAAGAUUUGACAACCGCUAUACGGUGUGGAGAUCCAUGGGAGCAGGGCAAAAUGGCCAAAAGGAGUGGCUAGACGCCAUCAUCACAGAUCCGCCUUACGGUUAG